UCAUCUUAAUCUCCUCGUUGGAUCUAGACUGAUAUACAGCAAUGGUGUGUUUAUUAAUUUCAGCAAUGUUGAUGGGUUUGCUUUCACUUGUCAAAUCUUCUCAGAUAGUCAACAUAUCAGCUCAACCAGGAGAAAAUGUUACUAUUUGGUGUAAACACACCUCAAACACUGGAAAGAACAUACACUGGUUCAAGCAGACACACGGUGCUGUUCCUGUUGACAUUGUAUACAAGAUGAUAAGCUACCAGCUUAAGGAAAUAUAUGUAAAUUAUUUAAAUGGUUUUCAACAAGACCAUUUUGUUAUGUCUCUAAACACAGAAAACACAUCACUAAGUAUUUUAAAUGUGGAUAUUUCUGAUUCUGCUCUGUACUUCUGUGGUUGGGGCUCUUGGGAGAUUGUGUUUGGGGAUGGAGCACAUCUAGACAUUGAAGAUCUUAAGGGUCCGAUUUCUACUAAGGACUGUCCUAGAAACAUUUUUUAUAUGCUGACCUUUAUUUUUGGUGGUAUUAUUGUUAUUCUUCUGAUCGUUACUCUCACCUUUUUUAUUAUUAAGAUCAGAAAAAUACACAAAAAAGAUGAGGAUCAGCAUGCAACUCAACAUCAUGAGGAUGCUCAUUCAUCAGUGUAUGCAGCUUUACGAUUCUCAAAACAGAAAACCAGAAGAGCAGCUGGAGAUAAUGAAGAUAGAGAAGUUAUAUGUUCUGCUACAAGAUGA